AUGAGGGACAAGGUCGUUAACGGCACACGACGAAAGGCGACGUUGGGCCGCGGACCAAAUGACGGAGAAGAGCGCGCGUGUCGAUUUGAAUUUGGAUUUGACCGACGUCACUUCUCUCAUUGCGCACAAACACUCCGCCGCCGACCACCAUCAUCGUCCCGAGUUCAUCCAGUUACGAACAUGUCGGCAGCACCUCCUGGCAGAGUGCAACCCGCAUCUGAUUUCAAUCCUGCCUCAUACGGCUCGGUCCUCCCAGGCUCCUCUUCUUAUUUCGAACGUACCUCGACUCGCAGCGAGACUCAGGACAGCAUCGACGAGCGCGACGACGAGGAGAUCGAGGCGGACGGCUCGGCCACCUUCCAUAGCGAAAGCGGAAUCAGCCAAGAUGGUACCGAAGAUCAGUCCUAUACCUACGGCCGCGAUCGCGAUGACGGCAACGCCAGCAUCCUCGGGACGAGCAUGUUGAGCGACUUUGCUUCCAUCUUUCACCCCAACGAGUACAUUGUCGCUCAGCAGAGGCUCGACGAGCAGGACAGAAGAAGCGAUUUUGAAUCCUUUGACGAGGAGCGCCAGCCCAUCCUCGCCUCCUCCUACCACAGCACCAGCAGGAGGCAAUCUGCCACUGCCUUUUCGAAUCGACGUCCCUCGGCAGUGUCCAGCUUACGACCCUCGAUCCGCUCGCACCGCAGACCACAACAGAUCCCAGAGGAAGACACCCUGCCCGAGGGCUCGACUUGGUCCAAAGCGAACACCGAACACCCCGAUGUGAGCGCCAUCACGCUCCAUCAUGCCCUAGUCGACCCCUCCACCACGCCUGGCACAAAUCUAGGUCUCAUGCUCAUCGCCGUCAGCCAAGUCUCGUACUCGACCAUGAACCUCUUUGUCAAGCUUCUCGAUGACCGUGAAGGCCAGCAGAACGAAUCGGAGCCCAUCGGCGCGCUCGAGGUCGUCGGUGUGGAGUGCCUCAUCAUUUGGAUCGGCUGCAUGCUCGCCAUGUGCCUGGCAAAGACCGAGCACAUCUUGCUGGGCCCACCGGGUGCUCGCAUGCUGUUGCUCGCACGAGGCAUGUUCGGUUUCGCUUCCACUCUGGCGCUCUACAUUUCCCUGCAUGCUCUUUCUCUGUCCGAUGCCACCGUCAUCACCUUCCUCGCACCUCUGGCGACUGGCUUCCUAGCUCACGUCAUGCUGCACGAGCCCUUCACGAUGCGCGAACGCAUCGCAGGUGCCUUUUCCCUCGGCGGAGUCACGCUCAUCGCACGGCCCUCGUUCCUGUUCGGCAACGACGCGGGCGAAGGUGUACCCGAGGAUGGUGACAUCGAACUUCCGCCCCCCUCUGAUCCAGGUUCCAACACAGAAGCAGCGCGCAUUGUUGGAAUUGUGGUUGCCCUGGCAGGUGUCGUGCUGAUGGCAGGUGCCUGGGUAUGCCUUCGUCGCAUCGGCAAACGUGCGUCCACCUACCACUCGAUCGCUUACUUUUCCCUCUGCAGCUGGGUUUCGAGCUUCGUCGCAAUGUGGGUGCUCAACCAGCCAUUCGUGAUUCCCUCAUCGACUCUGUCGCUAUUCCUGCUCCUCGGAGUGGGUUUGUUCAGCUUGCUCGCCCAAGUAUUCCAGACACUCGGCCUGCAGAGGGAGUCAGCCGGACGUGCGGCUACCAUGUCUUAUCUGCAGAUCAUCUUUGCGCUGGCGUGGCAGCUCCUGUUGUUCGGUCAGGUGCCAGAUUGGGUCUCUAUCGCCGGCAGUCUUGUCAUCCUUGCAAGCGGUGCUUGGGUCGCGCUCGGUAAGGAAGGCGGCUCGGCUCCUAUGCAUUGA